AUGUACACCCUGGACUUGGAAUGCGAGAACGCCUCACACAAAGCAGAUAACUCCACGAGGAUCUCGUACCUUAGUAACGGCGGCUGCAAUAUCACCGACUUGGGUCUCGACGGAAAUCUCACAGUCGGCGAGAACACCUCGCGAUAUAAGUCGCUUGAGACUAAACAGUAUACGGGCAUGUAUAUUGGUUACCAUAAUGCGGGUCUCGCCAGCUAUUACCUGAAAAGACAACCGUUGGACUGGAGUGAAUUCAAUGCCACCUACUUCGAAUCUGUUCUGAAUUCUGGCCGUCUCGAAGUAAAUGCCCGUAGCGACGCCAUGCCUGGAGUAACGAUUCCCAAGUACUGGGAUGUGGUCGCACGAACCAACCUGACUCUGUCCAGCGAUCUCAUGUCUAUGGUUGGACUAGCUGUCGGCACUGGUACCCGACCCCUGGAAGAGUACCUCGACUGGCAAGCAUUGUCAAAGGCAUACGCCGACGCCUAUCGCUUACUAUUUGUCCGCGCGAUGGUAGACGUCCUGGGCAAGGGCGAUAACUUCAGCUCGUCAAAAGAAGUUGCCGGCCAGAGACAAGUUGUCAGUGAGGCAGUCUUACUCGAACCUGUCUUCGUUCACAUUGUCGUAGGGUUUCUCGCUGUGGUCUCGAUAUCCACCAUAGCGCUCCUGAUCUUAACAUUCAUCCGACAAAGAAACUUGAGGACCGACCCAAGUUUCGUCAGCUCCACAGGACAAAGAAGAGAUAGUCCAUCCAGUAUCGCAAAACCUGUCCGCCCCGUGGAGUUUAGCCUCUGGGUUGCAUUCCCAAUCAUCAAUCUUUUCGUAGCACUUGCUAUUCUGCUAGGUGUUCUUUAUGGAAAAGCACACGCAAAUGUUGUACUCCAGGCGUUGAGGGCGAAGCACUUCGUCCUCGCUUCUGUGUGUGCUAUGGCAUUGUUAGCGAACCUGCUCGCAGUUGCGUUUUCUGGUCUUUUCAACCAAGUAUCGGUCGACAUCCAGCAUACAAUAGCACUCAACCCGACUUACGAGCCCAACUUCGUAUUGGUUAAUGGAAGUGUGGGCCCGUUAGCAAAUAACAAUCAAGGCACACCUAACCUUUCCGGCGCAUAUUUUGGCGGUGAUGGAGCGGAUCACUUUUUGAUCGCAGAGUCAAAUAUCACACGAAACACUUCUCUGCCUGCUUGGACGGACAACGCGAUGUUCUAUGUGCCAGUUUUCGACGAAGGCGGCAAUACAAGUCAUUUGAGCACUUCUAUCCUGGAAGCCAAGACAAACGCGAUUGGUGCAACACUUGAAUGUAAAGAGAUGGAAUUAGGCCAGGACUUCAAUGCACAUAUCAUAGAUACAGAAGGCUCCAUGAAUGUCAGCAUUCCCAACGGUCAAGGAAGCUCAUUUUGGGGUGGAUGCGUGAAGGGCAGGGAGUUUGUUCAGCGCCAGGGAGCGUUCCUGUUCCGCGCCGGAGCUGGCUGGCACAAUGACACUUUUGCGAACGACUACCUCAACUAUUUCAUUAAACAACUACCUGUUCCGAAGCUCGAGGAUGUGCUAGAACCUCUCAAUCAAGUGUACGCAAAGCUCUUCGCAAUCUGGUUUGGACGAAACAAGCAGGACUUAUUGGUGCCGAAUCAAAACAACGAGUCCGCCACACUCUACGGUUCGAGGCUUGAGCCAGAGAGACGCCUUUUCUUGUCGUCCACUAUGUUUAUCAUCUCCGAAGCCAUCCUCUGCACCUAUGUGGUAGUCGCAAUUUGGGUUUAUACGCGCCGCCCAGGCCAGUAUCUGGCUCGGAUGCCGACUUCGAUCGCUUCCAUCAUUGCUCUUUUCGCUGCCAGUACAGCUGUUGAGGAUAUGCAAGGUACAUCACACCUUGAUCGAAAGGAGCGUGCACAACAUUUGCGGCGACUCGACUCCCGGUAUGGAUUCGGAAGUUUUAUUGGUGGCAUGGACGGACGAGUUCAUAUCGGUAUCGAGAAAGUACCGCUUGUUGUGAAGCCCCGCGCUAAGAAAACGACAUGGUUAGAGCAUAAACUCCCGUUGCUACGUAAACGCUCAGUGGGACCCAGUGUAUAA